UCCUGGGGAGGCUCAUGUGGGAAGAGAGACCUUCCUCCACCCCUAAGGCAGUGUCAAGGGUUUGCUGCUGUGCUGACCUAUGUGCACGGCUGGAACAGGCAGGGUUGUGAGGAGAUGGCAUCUCAACCAGAUUGAGGUGCUCCUAAUCAACCAGAUCUUUUGGAAAUUUUUUAAAAGAAACCUUGGUGGGUAAAAGAUGUGCCAUGGAAUGGUAGCACCAAAGAGCAACACAGGAUCGUCUCUUGCCUUGACCAGCCAUGGGUUACUUCUUCUGCUAGUUAUCUUUGGUACCUUUAUCUUGGAAGCACAGGCCACAGGUUGGCUCAGCAAGUCCAAAGGACCUACAUAUUGUCCCCAGCCACCACAACCUGAGAAUGGAGGCUACAAAUGCCACCCUAGUCCCUGCAACAACCCUUUGACUUCGGGCAGUGUCAUAGAGUACCUGUGUGUUGAAGGCUACAUGCUGAAAGGAGACUAUAAAUACCUGACAUGUAAGAAUGGAGAGUGGAACCCCGCCAUGGAAGUCAGCUGCAGACUCAGCCCGGAAAAGGAAUCCCCGCCAACAAUCGGAGUACCCACGCUAUCCAUAGUAGCCUCCACAGCGAGCUCUGUCGCCCUGAUUCUUCUCUUAGUUGUGCUGUUUGUUUUGCUGCAGCCGAAGCUGAAGUCGUUCCAUCACAGCAGGCGAGACCAAGGAGUGUCUGGGGACCAGGUCUCUAUCAUGGUGGAUGGUGUGCAAGUGGCCUUGCCAUCCUACGAAGAAGCAGUGUAUGGCAGCACAGGGAACUGCAUUCCACCCUCGGACUCCCGGGUGCAGAUUGUGCUGUCUGAAGGAGCUGGGCAGAAUGGAGCCAGAGAGAUGCAGCAGCAGGACCAAGGGGCUCGCAAUGGCCUUGACAGAGAAGAUGAGGCCCCUGGACACUCUGGACUGUGUGAAGCCAGUGGCUCUCAGCGGUCUGAAACUGUUCUUGUGCAUCAGGCAGCUACCUCUUCCUGGGUAGCUGGCAUGGCUAGCAGUAGACCUGUACAGAAAGAACUCCAGGAUUCAGAAAGCAGUGACAUACAGAGCCUUCUAUCACUCACUUCAUCUGAGGAAUACACAGAUGAUAUUCCCUUGUUGAAGGAAGCAUGAGGCCUGCUGUAUUUGCCUAGCCUUCUCCCUCUUGGAUUUCUUCCUCCUCCCCUCCCCCUGCCUUCGGGACAGAAGCACUCUGUGCAGCCUUCCCCAUCCUCGCGAGCUGUGCCCUGGAUACCUCCAAGCAGAGACGCCCUCAGCUGAAGAUCCAAAGGAUGUCACCAGGUUGCCUCCUGGAUGCACCAGUGGGGCUGGUGCAGUGCUGGCUUCCCCAUUCCAUCUGCAUCAGGGGCUCAAGGAACAUAGUGGAUUUGAGCUCUCCUCUCCUUUUUCCCAGCCAGAUGUUUGACAGCAGUCUCUGAAGAGAGCUGCUCUUUUCUUGUGCCUUUCUCCUCCUCACACCGGCUUGUCGCAGCUUAUCAGCCUCUCCAGCCCUUCUGCUGCCCAGAGAGGGCUAAAACCGCUUGCUCACUGGGUGCAGACAGUUUAUAUAUAGGUAUAGAUGUUAUAUGCUCUUCUUCCAGCAUCCUCUGUAAUAGGGCAGGACAACAUGUGUCACUGGGACUGACGCUGGGCUUGGGAGGGAUUCCAGUUAAGGGGCAGCUUGUAAUGCCUAGAAAGUGUCUCUCUCAUAUGAGAAGGGCCAUGAGGCAACUUAGCUGUGCAAUAACAGUUGAGAAUUGCUAGAGCACCGAAGGCUGAGAAGUCCAACGUGUAGGAAUGCCCUCCGCCCUCUUCUCAACAAACAGCUCUGCGAGAGCCUGCUCCUGAAAAUCACUUCUGUCUCUUCUACCUGUGUAGCCCACCUGGUUAUGCUGUGUUUCUGGAAGCUGUGACUGGGACUCUCCUGUUGAUGAAACAACCCUUUCAGCUUUGGUCCUGUGCCACAGUAGCUCCGGAUGUUAAGAUUGCUGGGAGAGCCUUGGAGAAAGGACAGUGGUUAGCAGGGUCCAGAAAGCUUGGAGGAUCUGACUUUCUGAGAGUUGGUUGCAUUCACUUAGGCAUCAGGGCUGGAACCAAAUUUGUGGCCCUGCUCUUCCGAAUAAACCCAUUUCCAAUUGGCUUUCCCAAUUAAGGAUGUUCUGCACUAACGCUUAGGUUCCUCUGGUCAGAUCUGCAGGCAGAGGUAAUGCUUUCAGAUGUGGGCUGGAGGCAGUCCACGUGUUCGCAGUAGUUGAGAGAAAAAUGCCCAUAGGUGGUGAACACUUUGUGGCACUGGUGCAAUCCCAAAUCACCUUCCCAGUCACACCAGGUACUUUGUUACUCACAUCCUGGCUAACUGCCACCUAAGAGGCUAAUGUGUCUUCCUAGCUGCAUAUAGCAAGAGUCUGCUCUUUGAUCCUAAUGGGCCUACAGAGAAGGGCUUCUUCGUAGUGUGGUUGGGGCACGGCCACGUCUACAAAGUCUCUUCUAAGUGCAACGCAGCUGCCCAUUGCUGCAAGGGAAUUUGGCUGCAUUGGCAAUAGUACCCAGGGACACCACAGCUUAAUCCUGAACGUAAAUUUUAAAGAUUGCUUUAAGUUCUCGCAGCAGGGAAAACAAAAUACAAAAAUAUGUGUACCUCUGCCCCCCACAGUUAUCUGCCAGAAUAUCCUGGUGGCUGUUAACAAGACUUCAGUUUUGCAGGAAACCAAGUUCAUCUGGGGUGGGUGAUACAAUCAUGGAGGCGUGGAAGCUGUAGGGUUCUUCAGAGGAGUUGUCUGGAAACUGGGUUCCAUGGAAUUGGUUUCAGCAAGAAGAGUUGGCUUCUUAAAGGCAGGUACUUUGUCAUAACUGUCUCAAAGCAACCAGGAGAGUGCCCUGUGAGAAGCUGCUGAAUUUUUCAUUUGAGUUGAAGGAGCAAAAUGUCAUGGCCUUACACAUCAUGUGGUAAUUUACAGGUAAAUAGGGAUACUCCCUUUGCUGCUUUGCUUUUGUUUUGUGACCCUUGCUAUCCUCAUCCUUGUUGCUCCACGAAUAUGUUGCCAGAGCACUUGGUAAAAGUGACACAACACCCUUAAAAGAAAAGAAUAAUCACUGCGGCUCAGCUCCAGUUCCUGGAAGUGGGGACUGGCCGUAGCGUCCAGCCAUGCACCUGCUGCUCCUGUUCCUGAUGAGCUCUUUAAUCCUAGGACAGCUGGGACAGCAUGUGCAUGUGGAUGGAAGACUCCAAUUUCCCCAUCCCUGUUUAGAGGGAUAUCAAUAAUUUUAAAAUACAGCAUUUUAAACUUCCUUCCCUGUUGCUCACAUUAUCUUGCAUUAACAGAAGAAUUUGACAAAUCCAAUUUGGGUAUUUUUUGUUCAGUUGGGGUGAUGGAAAUCCCAUGUUGUUUUACAAUGGGUUGUUGUGUUUUAACUUCAAGCACUGUAGAGGGCAAAUGUUUACAUGUCUAUUAUUGGAAUUUUAGAAAAUGAGCCUGGGAAUGUUCCCAUUUAGUUUUUAACUCCUACCUUAAAGAUGUUCUGAGCUUGAGCAAAUUGUCUUAUUCACUGGUUUUAUCAGGGCAUAUGGAGAGAGUGAGCGAGCGUGCAAGGCUGAGGGAAAGAGUAUGGGACUCUUUUUCUGCUACCUAACCAGCUCAGAGUAGGACUUGCUUUUUAUGUAUUUAAGGUCCUGCCUGCUGAAACUGACCCUGAGCAAUCAAGGUGUAAAAUUCAGGUACAUGCUGUCUGCCUGCAGGGAGCUGUCCUUUACCCCAGUACCAUGUUGGUGAAAGAAUCCCUUAAUGAAGCUGGAAGCUGAUCCCAAGCCCAACCUUGCCCUGGACGAGUGCCUGUUCAGCUAGCAGAAAGCAUGCACUGUGUGGUCCUGCCUCCGCUCUCUGCUGUAGGAAAGUAAGCAGCUGCCAGGUGGGGAG